AUGGCCGACCAGCCAGCACAGCCGCAGCUUAAGUGGUCUGCAUCCGUCCGCGUCGCACAUCCCUCGCGCGUCGCGCACAAGGACCUGCAGGGGGACAAGAUCCUCUUACCGCAGUCGGCCCUGGAGCAGCUGCUUGCUGCCUCGACUACCGCCGGCCCCUCGACAUCCCACACCUUUAUUGCCUUCGACCCCUUCAACCCAUACUCGGUCGCCGAUGCCCGCCGAGAGCGCGCGCGCUAUCAAGAGCCCUCCCAACAACUACCACAUCCGUUGAUGUUCCAGCUCAUCAACCAGUCAAAUGGGAACGCAGUCUUUGCCGGAAUCCGCGAGUUUUCUGCCGCCGAGGGAGAGGUUGCGCUGAGCCCAUACCUGCUCGACGCCUUAGGAAUACAAGAGAAGGACAUUAAGGAUAUAUCGUCUCCCGAAGACGGGCUUGUCGACCUCAUUGACGACGUUGUCGACCUCACCAAUGACGACAGCACUGGACCCGGAGAUAGCGAGCUUCGGAUAACGGUCAAGGCCCGACAGCUUCCCAAGGGCACCUACGUUAGGCUGAGGCCUCUCGAGGCCGGAUACAACCCCGACGAUUGGAAGUCGUUGCUUGAGAGACAGCUGCGCGCAUCUUUCACAACGCUCACCAAAGACUCGACACUCUCGGUCCGAGGAGUGCAGGGAGAAGAGUUCCGAUUUCUCGUUGACAAAUUCCAGCCUGAAGGAGACGGUAUAUGCGUCGUUGAUACCGAUCUUGAGGUCGAUAUUGAAGCCCUUGACGAAGAGCAGGCGCGAGAGACCCUGCGACAGAUAGCUGCCAAGGCACAGCGCGCGCCGGGUACGGCGUCGGCAAGCUCGGUGGGCCACGCCAUCGAUGCUUGGAAAGACGUCGAUGGCCAAGUUCUGCAGGGCGACUACGUAGAUUACGAGUUGCCGUCAUGGGACAAGUCUCGGGCUGUCGCCAUCCAGCUGUCGAUACUCGACGAUCAAGAAGUGGAUCUUUUUGUUACGGCCAAAUCCAGUCGUCACCGAGCAUUGCCUCGCGACUCGAGCCAUUUGUUUGCCGACUUCUCCUCGCCGACGGAUGGCGUUAAGCGGAUCGUUAUCCAACCCACAAAUGUCGAGCUCGAGGGCGCAGAGAGUCUUCUCAUCUCAGUCCACGGCUUCGCAAGACCCGGCGAUGACGCUGCCGUCUCGGCUCCGUGUCGCUAUACUCUAAGGGCAAAGGCAGUCGGCAUUCAAGGCUCACAGUCGGUACCAAUCAGCCUUGACGCUGAGCCUCCGAGGUCUACUGACGAGGAGCAGUGCAAGAAUUGCCUGCAAUGGAUUCCGAAGCGAACUAUGGUUCUACACGAGAACUUUUGUCUUCGAAACAACAUCCUGUGUCCUCAAUGCAAGGAGGGCGAUCCCCUGGAUCCUUCCUCGGAGGCCGAGACUGCGCUGUCCGGCCUGACUGCCCACGAGCGUGCUGAUGGAGCGCGGACCACCGAUUGCCAUCUUUGCGGCUCAAUCGUGCGGCUGCGGGACAUGUCUGCCCACACGGCGAACCACGAGCUUGACAAAGUCUCGCGAUCAAAGCCCGAGCUCUGCAGAGACGAGCUUUGUGGGCGCACCCUCCACGGCAUUGGACCCCGGGGCCAGAUAAACGGCGGCACUCGCAUGGGACAAGGUCCCGGUAACGACCUGGGCCUUUGUAGCCUGUGCUUUGCGCCGCUCUACGUCAGCAUGCAUGACCCGGAGGGCAAAGCAUUGCGACGGCGAAUUGAGAGGCGCUAUCUGGCGCAGCUGAUGACGGGAUGUGGCAAGAAAUGGUGCCUCAACGAGUGGUGCAAAACUGGACGGGCAAAUCGCGACCUGGAGAGACUUGGGACAAGCGCUGCAGCGGCCCUGCCGUUGGUGAAGCCACUCCUCGAGGUCAUCCGCGACUACAACCAGCCCAUGCGCUUCUGUGUCGACGAAGCAUCACAGCGCCGGAAGAAGACGGCGGAGAUGCUGGCCGCCGAAGGCGUCUGGAGUAUCGAGUGGUGCAUUGCUGCGCUAGAGGCUGAAGGCAGCGACCUCACUAAGGCGAGGAGUUGGCUGAUGGACUGGGCGCCAACCAAGGCUACGAAGUAA